AUGAGGAUCGCCACUGCAGCAGCCGUCGCGCUGCUUCCUCUCGUUGCUUCCUGGACGUUCCCAGAUAACCUCCAGCAUGCCCUCAAUCCCCACAGCACCGAAGACAAGCUCUCCAACGUAAUAUCUAGCUCCCCAGUCCUUACCCUGCAUCGCGCCCUCUGCGAAGUAUCUUCCGUCACGGGAAACGAAAACGCCGUAGGCCACCUCCUCGUCUCCUUCCUAGAAGCCCACAAUUUCACGGUCGUCAAGCAGUCUGUCGGCAACUACUCGGACGGUCGCUUCAACCUCUACGCCGUCCCCGACGCCAGCAAGUUCUCUGGCCACAAGGAUGCCUCCUCCGGUGGCUCCGACAUAUUUCAAAGCCGUCCCAAGGUCAUCCUCUCCUCACACAUCGACACCGUGCCGCCGCAUUUCAACUACUCGCUCUCCGCUCCUAAACAUGGAUCGAGGAAGGACAUCCUCAUCUCCGGCCGCGGCACAGUGGACGACAAAGCCUGCGUCGCGACGCAAAUCGCCGCUGUGUUCUCCCUGCUCUCCAACCCAGACCUCAACAUUAGCCCAGCCGACCUAGCGCUCCUCUUCGUCGUCGGCGAAGAAACCACCGGAGAUGGGAUGAAGUCGUUCUCCAACUCGGACCUCUACGAAGCUACCUCGAAGGAUCUCAGGGCAGUCCUCUUCGGCGAGCCGACCGAGCUGAAACUCGCCGCUGGCCACAAGGGUAUACUGAUGCUGCGUGUCUAUGCGCACGGCAAGGCCGCGCAUAGUGGGUAUCCCUGGCUCGGGCGGAGUGCAAAUAGUAUGAUCUUGCCGGCGUUGAUGGUGUUGGAUAAGUUGGGCGAUAUCCCACCUCGCAAGGGCGGCUUGCCACGCUCCAAGAAGUUCGGCAGGUCGACUGUCAAUGUAGGGCGGAUUGAGGGCGGAGUCGCCGCUAAUGUCGUGCCAGAGUACGCGCAUGCUGAGGUCGCGUUCCGGCUGGCGGGUGGGACGCCGGAUGAGGUCAGGCGCAUCGUGCGGAACGCGAUCAGUGGAGCGGAUCCGGAGGGGCUACUGGAGUUAGAGUUCCAGCAGGGGUAUGCGCCAGUGGUGCUGGAUGCGGGCGUGGAUGGUUUUGAGGAGAUUACGGUGAACUACGGAACUGAUGUGCCGAAUUUGGAGGUUGGGAAGGGGGUGAAGAGGUAUCUGUAUGGGCCGGGGAGUAUUCUGGUGGCGCAUGGUGCGAACGAGGGUCUGACCGUGGGCGAUAUGGAGGAGGCGGUUGAAGGGUAUGAGCGGUUGGUGAAGCAUGUGCUGAAGCUGUGA